AUGGCGGGUAGUACCAACAAUGUAUAUCUUCAUUUAUCGGAUGCAACUGCUCUAUCCAGCCAAGCUGAUCUAACUGAGGGCAGGGUCGAAGUUCGCUUUGCCGGCGCUCGCUUCCAAAACUUAUGGCGAAGCAUCAUGAAUCGUAGCGGCGUCUUGGAUCCAUUCGAUUAUCACAUGAGCCCUCCGACCUCUACGUUUGUCAACCGCGUUCCUGCCUAUUUGUUCUCAUACCCGCAUCGGCACUUUCACUAUCUUUGGACUCAGAUCUCGUCGAGGCUUAUCGACCUUAUCGGUUUUGAAAAUCAGCAUCGCCUCCGCUUGGCCCGGAACAUAGCGUCCUUCGCGAUACGCCAGUUGGUGGCCGGCACCGAAGCUCGAGGGUCCCGGCCGGGGUAUUACAUCGUGGCCGAGGUGCGUAUGUUGCAGUCAGAAGUAUUGUUCGACGAAAUAUUGGAUGAUCAGGCUGAUCAGCAAUCGGCGAUCGAAAAGUUGAUCGAGAAAGGGAAAUUUGUUGCGAGCAAGGACGAUGAGGAUCAUGAACUGGGUACGUGCGGAAUAUGUAUUGAGGAUUUUUCAUCGUCGGUUGGAGCUGAGCUUCUUCGCAUGGAUUGCUCUCAUAUUUAUCAUCGAGAUUGUAUGUUGCCAUGGUUGGCCAAGUCCAACACGUGUCCAACAUGCCGAGCCAAACUGUACUGUUGA